AUGGCUCCAGCAUACGUUCACACUGGCGUCCUCCCAGUUGACAAGCCGGAAGAAGCCCCCAAGAGCAAGUCAUCCAAGGUGGACACCAAGUCCAAGUCCAAAUCCGGAUCAAAACCAGACGACACUGUCCACACAGCCAAGCACGGAGGCGAUGAUGACUCCGAGUCUGGCUCAAGUGGAAAGAAGAAGCAAAAGGGCAAGGAUAAGAACAAGGGCAACGGCGACAACCCUGGAAAACACUCUGGCGACGAUGAUGCCUCCAAGUCAAGGACCAAGAGUGAGGAUUCCAAACCAACAUCAAAGUUAACUACCUCCAACACUUCUACCUCUGGUACAGCGCCUCUCCCAACUAGUGUCAAUACACGCCCAACGACUGGCAGACAUUCUGGUGACGACGAUGACAAGAAGUCCAGAAGCAAAACUGAAGACUCUCCUCGAUCUGGGUCUCCUAAACCCACAUCGACAUCGGAUGCUUCAUCCAAGGGCAGUGGCAAAGGCAAAGGCAAGGGUAACGAUGGUUCUGGAAAGCACUCUGGUGAUGAUGAUGCCACCAAGACCUCUUCCAAGAAGGGAUCCAAGGAUGACUCUGCCAAAGCCGACGACUCCAAGUCUGCCAAAUCUGCCUUCAAAAAGUCAAGUAGCACUCCUCGCCACCCAAGAGGUAUCACAGCAACCCACCAAUCCGGCUCAACCUUUGAUCCCAACAGCGCCAAAGGCGGCGGCAAGAAUGGCCCAGGGUUCUUCAAACCCUUUGAGCCUCCCAAGUUAAACAACGGUUACAUCCAAGCCGUUCCUCCUCAGGCUAGCCAGAAGAACAGCAAGUCUAGCCCCAAGGUGAAGCCCAAGCCCCGGCUCAAUGGCAAAGUCAGUGGUCCCUUUUCUUCCCUUCGCAAGCGAGAGCAAUUACUGAGUCUGAGAGCAGCGGCACCCUUGGAGAGCGUAACCAUUGAUCGCUCCAAGUGGAAGGCGACGUGCGAUAGCGUGCAUGAGGGAGAUGAGUGUCAGAAUGCCAUCGAUGGGAAUGGGGAUACCAUUUGGCAUACGCAGUGGGAGGGGACUGAGCCUGCGCCGCCUCAUAUGAUUACCGUGGAUAUGAAAAAGGUUUAUAAUGUGAAUGGAAUUUCUAUGCUUCCGAGACAAGAUGGUUCGCAGAAUGGAUACAUUGCCCAACACCAGGUUUUCUUGAGCAAGGAUAACCAUAAUUGGGGUUCUCCAGUGGCAUAUGGAACAUGGUAUUCCGACUACACAACCAAGUAUGCCAACUUUGACACACAGCCCGCACGAUAUGUCAGGCUCGUUGCCAUCACUGAGGCGAACGGUGGUCCUUGGACAAGUAUUGCCGAGCUCAAUGUCUACCAAGGGAAUGACUACACUGCCCCUCAACCAUCUUCACUGGGAGCUUGGGGACCAACCGUCAAUUUUCCAGUCAUCCCUGUCGCUGGUACUGUUGAUCCCAAGACUGGAAAAGUUCUCAUCUGGUCAUCUUGGGCUCGCGACACCAUGGACGGAGGUCCCGGCGGUUUGACUCUCACUUCGAUGUGGGAUCCAGCUACUGGCCUCGUUGCAGAGCGUGACGUUACUGAGACAAACCACGACAUGUUCUGUCCAGGAAUUUCUCUCGAUGGAAAUGGACAGCUUGUAGUGACAGGAGGUAACAACGCCGAACGCACAAGUCUGUUCGAUCCUGUCAAGCAAGCUUGGAUCCCUGGCCCAGAUAUGAAGGUUGCUCGAGGAUACCAUGCUUCCGCAACGACUUCCACUGGUAAAGUCUUUACCAUCGGAGGAUCUUGGAGCGGCGGCGAGUAUUUCAAGAACGGCGAGGUGUAUGAUCCCAAGAAGAAGACGUGGACACUUCUCAACAAGGCCGAUGUGCAAAAGAUGCUCACUGCCGAUACUCAAGGGCUGUUCCGAUCUGAUAACCACGCUUGGUUGUUCGGUUGGAAGAAGGGGACCGUGUUUCAAGCCGGGCCAAGUCAGGCGAUGAACUGGUACUACACGGAUGGAAAAGAUGGCAACGUCAAGACUGCUGGAAAGCGACAAUCGGAUCGUGGAGUUGCUCCUGAUGCGAUGUGUGGCAACGCCAUAAUGUUUGAUGCUGUCAAGGGCAAGAUUCUCACCAACGGUGGAACUCCCAACUACCAGGACUCUGAUGCGACAGCCGAUGCGCACAUAAUCACCAUCAACAACCCUGGUAACAAGGCUGAUGUUUCAUAUGCGAGUGAAGGUCUCUAUCACGCCCGUGUAUUCCACAGUUCGGUUGUUCUUCCCAACGGUAACGUGUUUAUUACGGGUGGUCAAGAGUACGCCAUUCCCUUUGCAGAUUCGAUGCCUGUCCUGGAGCCAGAGAUGUAUCUUCCUGAUGAAGAUCGCUUCGUUUUGAUGAAACCCAACAACAUUGUGAGGACAUAUCACAGCAUUGCACUUCUCCUUCCUGACGGUCGAGUCUUUAAUGGUGGCGGCGGUCUCUGUGGUGGGUGUGACACAAACCACUUCGACGCUCAGCUAUACACUCCUCCGUAUCUGUACGAUUCCAAGGGCAGACUGGCUACGAGACCAAAGAUAGCAUCCGUGUCUGUUUCCACAGUCAAGGUUGGCGGAACGGUUACUGUCCAGACGAGCGGAGCUGUAGUGCGGGCUUCCCUUGUGCGAUACGGAACAGCGACGCAUACUGUCAAUAGCGAUCAGCGUCGUGUACCUCUGACUUUGAGCAACGCUGGGAAGAAUUCGUACUCGUUCCAGGUGCCUAGUGAUCCUGGUGUUGCUUUGCCUGGGUAUUGGAUGUUGUUUGUCAUGGAUAAGAAUGGUGUACCGAGUGUUGCUUCUACUAUCAAGGUAACAGGUUAG